UUCAAUUCCGUACACAAAGCUCAGCUGAUGACGUGUACACACUGCUGUGCUGCUAGCGGGUUAGCUUAGAUAGCUGUCAGAGUAAAAGAGGGGAAAUAUAAAUAGGAUUAAGAGAGAGAGGGAGGACGAAAAGCGUUUCAGCGAAUCCAUAAACAUGGAGACGCUUUAUCACCAGACAAACAAGCAAAUCCAUGAGGUGCAGUCUCAGAUGGGACAGCUGGAGAGGACAGACCGUGAUUCUGUUCACUUGUUAGAGAAUGAACUACAGGCCAGAAUCGACCAGAUCUUCAACCAUUUAGAACGCCUUGAGAUUCUGGCCAGUAAAGAACCGCCCAACCGCCGCCAGAACGCCAAAACACGAGUGGAUCAGCUGAAGUAUGAUGUUCAGCAUCUGCGAACUGCUCUCCAAAACUUCCAGCACAGACGCUACACCAGAGAAGCCCAGGAGAGAGAGAGGGAGGAACUCCUCAGUCGCAGCUUCACCACAAAUGAUGCAGAUACUGCCAUCCACAUAGAUGAGAACGUGCAAUUUAACAGCAGUUUGCAGAACGCACACCGAGGCAUGGAUGACCUCCUGGGCAGCGGCAGUAGCAUCCUCAAUGGUCUUAGAGAUCAAAGAUCGACCCUCAAGGGAACACACAAGAAGAUGCUGGACGUAGCUAACAUGUUGGGCCUCUCCAACACAGUAAUGAGACUAAUAGAAAGACGAGCCACGCAGGAUAAGUUCAUCAUGAUUGGAGGAAUGUUGCUGACCUGCGUCUUCAUGUUCCUCGUCAUCAGAUAUCUGGGCUGACCACUAUCCAUCCACUACACUGGAUCAGUUUUGGACAUUUAAGGAAUGCAUCGUCCCACAGGAUAUGAAACUGUAAUCUUUAAGUAAUUUUUAUAAAAGGUGCCAUUAUUAUUGUUUUGUUUACUUUCAAAUUCUUCGCUUCAUUCUGGAUACAUGCUGAACGGUUACGCUGAAUAUGCUCCUAUUUAGACAGUAUUUUAUCAGUCUACUGCUUUCCAUAGACUAGCCAACAUGUUUUCUUCAAACCCACGUACAAACUGAUCUUGCCUCCUUUUUCACAAAAAAAGACUGAAAUGUCAACAUGUGAUUGAAUCCACAAAUCUAAAGGGUAUUAUAACUUUAGUUUCAUUCUGCUAAUGUUUCAUAACCUGUUAUCUAACAUCCACUUAGUUAUGUGAUGUCCACCAUCAUUGAACAGUUUGAUUUACCUGCAUAAAACAAUAGUUUUUCAGUUGGUGGAAAAGAACAGCUGGGAUAAUUUCUAAUUCUGAAGAUUGCAUAAGCCUGAAAAAAAAUGGGGAAUCACCACUUUAAAAAAAAACUCAUUAUCUGAAGUUCAGUAAGAAUAUUAUCCAUAGUGUUUAAUGCUCUAGCUGCACAUUUAUAUGAAAAAUAAUUUCUGGAAAUUAUAUUAAAAAUAUUUAAAUAUUAA